CAUCACCAUUCUUAAUAGUUUAUUUUUUUUCUGGAACGGACGUUAAUUCACGAACUUGAAUUCUCGGAGAGAUCGGAGCGGCAUGGCAGAAAAGCGGAAGUACAAGAAAACCAAAGAGGAAAUCCGGCGGGAGAUCGCCCGGGAGUUCGACCUGCCGGAGCGCAAGUCAAAGAUAGCCACCAUACUCAAGCAGGAGGACCAGGCGUACUGCAUCUGCCGCACCUCCGACUGCUCCAGGUUUAUGAUCGGCUGCGAUGGCUGUGAGGAGUGGUACCACGGCGACUGCAUCGGGAUCACCGAGAAGGAGGCCAAGCACAUCAAACAGUACUACUGCCGGCGCUGCAAGAAGGAGAACCCCGAGCUGCAGACCAUUUUCCGCCUGGUGGCCACCGAACGGACGGCCGCCUCGAAUGCCGCCUCCACGAGUCUGAAUGCCCCGGGAUCGGGUCCGCCGGCUGGUGCCCCUGGCGGCGUGCCGUUGGCGCCCGGCACGGCUAGCCUGCAGCCGCCUGCGACGACGGCGCCGUUAAAGCGCAAGAACAGCAACGCCCGCGAACCGAAGGCGGGCAAGCGAUGCGGCACCUGCGAGGGAUGCCGGCGUCCCAAUUGCAACCAGUGCGACGCCUGCCGCGUCCGCGUGGGCCACAAGCCACGCUGCAUAUUCCGCACCUGCGUGGUCCAGGGCCCCGUCAAGGAGGCGCCCCAGAGUCAGGCGGGUCCGGGCAGGAAGCGCGAGAAGGCGGCCCCCAAGGAUCGCAAGGUGAAGGUGGGCCUGCGCGCGGCCAGCCCGGAGGUGUUCCUUAAUCCGGAGCUGGAAGGCAUGCGUCAGUGCCACGGACCCGGCUGCUGCUGCCAGGCGAGGCCGCAGAGCAAGUACUGCAGCGAUAAGUGCGGCUUCAAGCUUGCCACCAACCGCAUCUUCCAGGUCCUGCCGCAGCGUCUGCAGGAGUGGAACCUAACGCCCUGCCGCGCCGCCGAGGACACACGCAAGCAGCUAGAGAGUAUUCGGCACAAGCAGUCCCUGGUGCGCUUUGCCCUCGCCGAGCUGGAGAAGCGCUCCGAGGAGCUGGGCAUGGUGGUGGAGCGGGCCAACCGCAGCUCCAUCGACGCGAUGGGGCCACACGACACCGGGGACGCGGAGGACGAGCAGAGCAUGUACUGCAUCACCUGCGGCCACGAGAUUCACUCGCGCACGGCCAUCAAGCACAUGGAGAAGUGCUUCAACAAAUACGAAUCGCAGGCCAGCUUCGGCAGUAUAUUCCAAACGCGCAUGGAGGGCAACAAUAUGUUUUGUGAUUUCUACAACCCAGCAAGUAAGACGUACUGUAAAAGAUUAAGGGUACUGUGUCCCGAGCACAGCAAGGAUCCCAAGGUGAACGACACGGAUGUGUGCGGCUCACCCUUGGUGAACAACGCGUUCAACCCCACUGGCGAAUUUUGCCGGGCGCCGAAAAAGAACUGUUUUAAGCACUACGCGUGGGAGAAGAUCCGGCGAGCGGAGAUCGAUCUGGAGCGUGUGCGUCAGUGGCUCAAGAUGGACGACCUGAUGGAGCAGGAGCGCAUGCUGCGCCAGCAGCUGACCUCGCGGGCCAAUCUGCUGGGCCUGAUGCUGCACUCCACAUACAACCACGAGGUGAUGGACGAGCUGGUGCGCAAGCAGCAGGAGCAUCUGGCCCAGUUCGAGAAACAGAAGCGUCGGCAGGCGCACCAGCAACAGAUGCUGGCGCAGCAGCAACAGUACCAGGAAAAGCAAUUGCAGCAGCAGCAGCUGCAACAGCAACAGCAAUUGCAGCAGCAGCAGCUGCAACAGCAACAGCAGCAGCAGCAACUCCAGCAACUGCAACAGCAACAGCAGCAGCAGCAAGCCUUGCUAAAUCAGCAAACUAAAGUAAUCUACCUGCAGCGAAAGCCAUAGAUUUCCAUUCCUCUAAGCGUAGUUAAAGCAAGCAAUAAACUGACAUGCAAGAAACCCUUUUGUACGAGA